UUUUGCGUCUGUCGCAUUUUAUAGCUGGCACUCUUGCAGUGGCAAAGUGAAAGUUGUUUCUCCCAACAACAGGAUUCAAAAUCAAACCUUUCACAAAAAAAAAACGUAACAAACUCUUCGAGUUCCACCGCUAAACCCGCGUCGCUUGUUUCGCCAGUCCGAGUUGGAGACUCAACAACAUUCAUGGACGAGUCGGGUUCCGCUUCCUCUCCGCUGCGCCCGGUAACAGUGGACGGAGCCGACGCUGACGCCGCGCUGUCGAAGUCGAGGUUUCUGACUCGGGAAGAGGUUCUCAGGCGGCGGCUCCGGCGAGUGAAGCAGCUAGGGCGGUGUUAUCGGGCCCACUAUUGGGCCCUAAUGGAGGAGCUCCGGUCGAAGUACAGAGACUAUAGCUGGACCUACGGAAAGAGCCCCUUCAAGGAGGGUCACAAUGAGACGGACAUCGACCAUCAAAACGGCGGCGUCCCUGCUCUCGGUGGCGGCCACGACAUCGUGCGGUGUCGUUUCAGCGGCUGCAAGACUAAGGCCAUGGCUUUGACGACAUACUGUCACUCUCAUAUAUUGUCCGAUUCCAAACAGAGGCUUUACCAUGGAUGCAGAGCCGUCGCCAAAAAGUGAGUUUUUUUUUUUAGUUUUCAAAACUGUUUUCUGAUAUUUCCAAAUUGAAAAUGCAUUUAUGGAUGUUGAAGUGAAAUUGGGAUUUGUUUGACGUGAAAAGCUAAAAAGAUAAUGAAAGUUAUAUUAUAGUCGGUGUUGCUAAUCUUCUAAGGUUGGCUUUGUAGUGUGCUUUUGGGAUUGGGUUCAGGUUUAGGGUUUAAAAAAGCUUGGUUAUUUUUAAUUUCGUGUACUAUGUGUAGAACUUCAGAAUUGGGUGUUUGGGUAAGUUGUUCAAAAUUCGAGGUUCAAGCAUUUUCAACCAUUGUACAGUAAAAAAAACAGUCGGUGUUUAUGUUUCUUCUGAGUUCUUUCUGUGCUUCAGUUUUGUUGUGGAGAAAUUUGUUUUCUAAUUGUAUUUUAAAGAUAAAUAGCCACUAUAUCAUUCUUUUUUCAACCACCGUGCACUUUAGAGGCUCACUCUUCCAUCACAUUAUUUCAGUUAUGGCUACCUCAAAUCAAACAGUUCUUGGGUUUAUGAACCAAAAUAUUUCACUGAGUCCACGUCUAACUAAGGUCAUUUUGGUGCUCGAAAUCUACUUUAUUAGAAAAAAUGUGCAACCUAGUGCCUACUGAUGUCAUAUGAAAGUUUCUAAUGUUUACAAAGAAUGAAUGCAUUUCAAGACCAGUCAGAUUUCGCUGUCUGAAAAAGUAUUUUGAUUCACAUUUUGAGAGUUUUUAGCCCAUUGCACUGGACCGAUCAACAUGUCUUUAUGGAUUCAAAUUCUGUACAGCGUGUUUGAAUCAUCUAGAAUAAGGAUCUUGAGAGUUCAUAGUUCUCAAUAAUAGGACAGAAUUAGUAGAAAAAUAUUGACCAACAUUAUCCAUUGUGAGAGACUGAUUCCUUAAAACUUGUAAAAAUUGCUAUGAACAAUAUAAAGUUUUAUCUCUUUCCCUUUUAUAUCUUUCUUGAUGGAAAUCAAGAUACAUACUUAACCAAGCAGAGACAGGC